UCAACCAAACAAUAUUCGUCAGCUUCAAUUCUGCACACUCGUCUCUCCCUUGUUCCCUCGCCCCUCUCUUUCGCCUACUCUUCCUUCGAUUUUGUCUCUAUCUUCGCCUCGGUCUGCACAUCGCCUCUAUUCAUACCUCCUUCUGUCCUAUAUAUACACCCCAGGCCUUCCCGCCAUGACUGGCAAAGAGAUUCUUCAUAAAAUAAAGGAAAAAGUUGGAUUGUCAGAUCCUGAUUCAGGGAAAGGAAAGAGCAAGAUGUCAAAGCAGAUAAGUCAUGGCUUUCACUUGGUAAAGGGAAAAUCAGCUCAUGCUAUGGAAGAUUAUCUCGUUGCAAAAUUUAAGCAAGUUGAUGAUCAUGAAUUGGGUUUGUUUGCAAUAUUCGAUGGCCACAUGGGUCAUGACGUGGCUGACUACUUACAGUGUCAUUUAUUUGAAAAUAUCUUAAAAGAGCCUGACUUCUGGACAGAAACUGGAAAAGCCAUCAGGAGAGCAUAUCGUAUAACUGAUUCAGCCAUUCUAGAGAAAGCAUUUGAAUUGGGGCCGGGGGGCUCCACCGCAGUCACGGCGAUAUUGAUUGAUUGUCAAAAGCUGGUAAUUGCUAAUGUUGGGGAUUCAAGGGCUGUUCUAUCCAGGAAUGGUGUGGCCAAACAGCUAUCAGUGGAUCAUGAGCCAAGCACUGAAAGAGAGCAGAUCGAAAAUAGAGGUGGUUUUGUCUCAAACUUCCCAGGGGAUGUUCCACGCGUGGAUGGGCAGUUGGCAGUGUCCAGGGCAUUUGGUGACAAAAGCUUGAAGAAUCACCUUAGUUCAGAACCACAUGUAGCAGAGGAGAUUAUAGAUGAUGCUGAGUUUGUUAUACUAGCCAGUGAUGGAUUAUGGAAGGUAAUGUCAAAUCAAGAAGCAGUUGAUACUAUCAAGGAUGUAAAGGAUGCUCGAUCAGCAGCAAAACUUCUUACUGAAGAGGCACUUAACAGGAAGAGCUCAGAUGAUAUCUCCUGUAUUGUCUUGAAGUUUCAAUGAUCGCAACUCGCAAGAACUCAUCAUAUUUGCAAUAAGGUGUGCAGACUUGGAAGUAGUGUAUAACAGUUUGUUGUUUGGAAAGCUUGAUGUGCGCCAGGUGCUAUGCUUGAGUCCUUUAAGGGGUGAACGUGAUGUCGUGCCUGCUUUCUUGCAAAAAAUCUGGGGAAGUGACCUGUUGUUUAAUAUGAUAGACAAAACAAACGUGUUAAUGUAUAAUUCAAGGAUGUUUGCUCGGGUUAGGAGAUCUUACAGACACAUUUUUCAUAUGAAAUACAAGUCAUCUUCGUUUGUGUA